AUUUAUAAAGUCACGUGAUUUACGACUCAAGAUGGCGGCGCCCAUGGACAACAUGAAAAAUUCCGAUGCAUCUGAUGUGCAUGAUGUUUGCACUAUUGACGCAACAGUUACCACAGGAUUUGAGACAGUGGCUGGCGAAGAAGUUCAAGAAAAGCUGGGUAUUAAAGCCAUUGGACUUAGGGGCAGAAUCCGCUUUGAAUGCCCAAUGAGUUUAGUGAAAGAGGUCGCUAAACUGAGGACAGUUGACAAUUUUCGUGUAUUGAUGUUCUAUAACUCCAAUUACACAUUCUCAGAUGAUCAGGUUGAAAAUAUGCGAAAACUUAGAAAUCUGGUUUCUGAAGUCAACUGGCCGUUAGGAAUUCAGAUUUGGAAAAGAUUUUUUUCAUUUGAACACAACAUUGCUGCUGUGCCUGAAAAUAUCACGUCUGACUUUGGUGAACCUUGCUUUCCAAACAUACAACCACCCAAAAGUGCGGAGAAGUCAAAACGCAAAUCCAAAGGAAAUAAGUGGAAAAAGAAGAGAGAGCUAAAAGACAAACUCGCUAAAGAUACAGACCAAGUCAAUGAUAAGAAUGAACAUUUGGAUGGUGUUCAAGGAGAGCCUGUCGAAGCCUUAUGCAAUACAGACACAGUGCAACUGUUACCUGUGGAUGCAAAAGAUAAUGUCCAGAAAGACUGUACAGAAUCUGUGGAGGUAAAUGCGGCAAAAAAGCCAAGAGUUCGUGAAAAUCCUUGGAAUCCGUUGAUGCCCUCUUUUAGGGUGACAUGCCAUAGGACUGGGGACAGUCACAACUUUGAUUCCAUGACCGCAGCCGCAAACUUUGGAGGUGCAAUAUACUGUUACUUUGGCUGGAACGUGAAGAUGACAGAGUUCGACAUGGAGGUGCUGUUGAAUAUUGACGAACACCAGGUGGCAGUCAGCAUGGGACUCACAAAAGAGAGUCUCCAUAAACGUGACAUCACCACAUUCGGGCCUACCACUCUGAGACCCACUGUGGCAAACGGCAUGCUCAGAUUAUGUGAGAUACAAACUGGAGACAUAGUAUGUGAUCCGAUGUGUGGUGCAGGGAGCAUCCCAAUUCAGGGUAUCCUGAGUGGGCAACAGUCCUUCCAUCUUGCGGGUGAAAUCGGGAAGAAUUGUCUCAACAGAGUUCGGAGCAACUUGAAGUUUCUCUCCAGCGAAUCCACAGGAAAGGUUGAUGCAAUUCGUUGGGAUGUUUGCAACUUGCCACUGAGGGAUAAAUCAGUCGACGUUUUCAUCACAGAUUUGCCAUUUGGAGUUCGGAUGGGUCACAAGGUAGAGAACUGGCGUCUGUAUCCAGGAGCACUGCUGGAGAUGGCGAGAGUUGUCCAACCUGAAUCUGGCCGUUGUUGUCUGCUUACGGAGGAUCAAAAGUGCCUGUUCAGGAGUCUACAGAAGUGGAAUAAGUAUUGGACCAGAUCCAAGACACUCGUGAUCAAUCUCGGGGGCCUAGCUGCAGGUGUUUUUGUCCUCUCAAGGACCAGGCUACCAUUCAACAUGGAGGACAGAUUGACAAUGCUUAGAGAGUUCAAGCGAACUAAGGGAGGUCACCAUAAAGACAGUAGAGAUAAGGGAGACAAUCCAGAGACAUCCAAGGGAGAUGAUUCAUAGACAUCCACAAACUUGAAUUGAUGUGUUUCACAAAAUGUCAAUAAAAUGUUGCUAUUGUUA